AUGGCGGACGCGCCACGGUGGCUCAGUUUGAUCGAUGCCUGCCAGCGGUUACGAGCGAUUUGUGCAAAGAAAGCGCCCGGCCCGCCCCGUCCGGACGCUUGGACGGUGAACUUGAACUACACGGUCGUUGUGGUCCAGUUGGCCGGCGGGCACUUUCCGCCCGGCAUGAUCAUCCUUCCACCACCGUUAGCGACUUGCUUUCUCCUGUUCCUUUUGGGUCCUGCCUGCCACCUCGGUGCUUCGGCGAAAGGAAUCAAGCAGAAACGCCUCGUCAUCGAUCUGAGCGAUCCUUUGCUGACCGUCACCGAUCCCUCCGUGUACUUUGCCCGCCCGACGACGACCACCUACUCCUCCGGGCCGGCAUUCUACGCGCCCUCCUCCCGGGCAUCAUCCUUCACGCCCUACGGCCACACUCACCAAACCACGGGCGUCGUGUCGCCCCUCAAGCCGGCGAGCCUGUUCAACGGAAACCUCUUUCAGUACUCCAACUAUGGCUCACCGUUUCCCUUCCUGAGCGGGAACCACCUGAGUCUGGACGGCGAGGAAACCUACAUCGCCGACGGACGCAUCCUGAAGCAGUACGCCGUCAUGGAGUUCCACGCCGAGGAGCGCGAACGCGAGCUGCAUCAUCAGCAGCAGCAUCUGCUGCACGGUUCGGCGGCCUUCCGUGGUCCGUCCACCCGCACCCCACCGUACACUUCGGUCACGCCCUACUUCAACCGGUUCCCCACGCCGUACGAUCCCCUGUACGGCCCGACCGGGUUCGCUCCUCCGCUUCCCCAGCUGCCCCAACUGUCGUCCACCUUCAAUCCGCGCUUCGGAGCCCAGCACAACGAUCAGCGAUCGCCACUGCUGACCAAGAACCACGGCCCCAUUGCGCUGGGGUCCGGUUCGCUCGGGUACAUCCACGGACCGAACGGGGUCACCGUGGGGUCGGGUUCGCUCGGUUACAUCAGCCAUCAGCAGCACCGGGAAACGCUGGCCGAGCUGAUCGAGCGGAAAAAAUCCAAGCACCUGCCGAGCCCGCUCACCUUUGGCCAUAACCACAACUGA